GAAUACAGCGCCAUUUUGUUUGUUACUCCCGUGAAGCAAGCUCAGCCUAUUUCAGGUCGCAGACCUUCACUACAACAGUGUUCUUAUCGUAUGUAUAGGGAAAGGAGUAGAAACGAACGGACAAAUUAACGAAAAUUCGCGACAUUUUUGCAAUUAUGAUAAUAACCAUUAUUACUAUCUUAAAUAAAAUUUGAAUGUGUAAAUAUAAGUGAUGUUAUUUGAGACAUAGUUUGUACGUUAGUGGAUAUGAAGACGCGUUAUUGUGAUGUUAUGCGUUAUUCCUCCGAGUAUGGAAACUGAUUUGAAAGAAGAAGAAGCAGCAGUAGCGUUCAGUAAAGAAGAAGAAGAAGAAGAAGAAAUAUCGUUGGUGUUUGUAGGGUGUAUUGCAUAGGAAUGGUAUCACCGUCCAAGCUUCAACAUCAAGAGCAAAAGCAGCAACCAUCGAAAGAAUAUAUAUUGGAUAAAUGUUCGUAUGUUCGCAUACAAAAGGGUUUGAAACCUUUGGCAAAGAAGUCAUUUUAUUUGGAUAUAAAAAAUCAUGCCACUUCAGCCAAGUUAGAAGCAAAAAUCAAGGAUCUUGGAGGAGUGAUAGAAUUAUUUUUAGUACGCACCGUUAGUCUAGUUGUCACAGAUCGUGUAGAUAAAGCUGGUCAAAGUAAUUCUGACAAAUAUAAAUGGGGUUCUAUCAGUGGAGGCAGCGGGGGAACCCCCUCGCUGAGGAGCAUAGAAGUUCCAACUCCAACUCCUCCUACACCACUUUUUAGUUCUGAGUGUCCUUUGUACAAUACGACCAAUCUACAGGGUCACCCUACCCAAAGAUCUAAAUCGCGGACGGAUGCAAUGUUGGAACGUGCUCUGACUCAACCACAGCACUGUUCCGUGGAUCCUCUUGACAACGCCCUAAGUUGGGGAAUAACUAUCUGUACAACUGCAAAAAUUCAAGCUUGGCUCGAUAAAAUCUAUGCGUCUCUUCAAGAUACUAAUAACUUGAAACAGUUACGAGGAACGAGUAGGCAAAAAUUAGAAAAAGAUUUCAAAGUAAAGCAUUUAAAAGGCUCAUAUGUCAAGUUUGAACCUCUUCGCAGAGAUAAAAGACCUGUAUUUUUGGAAUUAUCAACGUGGCCAACAUUGAACUUUGACGGUGAUCCAGGGACAAGUCCCUUUGAUACAAAAAGAAGAGGAAAAUUUGAAAAUAAAACAAAUAAAGAAGUUAAAGAGAAUAGAAAAGCUAUUACAAAAAAAAAAGAGGGUAAAGAAAUGACACGAAGACCACGUACCACUGCAGCUCGUGCACGUAGAACAGAACAAUUAGGUGCAGGUUUUUGUGAAAUAUGUCGAGUAGACUAUCGUGAUCUAUCAAAACAUGUAGAAACUGAUCAACAUUUGAAUUUUGUUCGAAACGAUGACAAUUUUCUCUCAUUGGAUAGAUUAAUCAACACAAAUGCAAGUGUUGAGGCAUUUUUGAAAUUAAACGGAACAAAAGAUAUUGGAGAAGAAUGCAAUAUAUACACAAAUGAAGAACGUUCUAUUCGUGAUGUACUGCCAGAAGAAAAAGUAACGAAAAAUGCUAAAACAUUGAAUAAUUUUUCUGUACAAGGAAUAGACAUGGUGCAGUGCAAUGGUACGCAAAGAAAUUUAAAUAUUAAAUUAAAUUCUCCUCAUAAUUUACGUACACGUGCUAAACACGAAAGUGGACAUUUAUUGAGAUCAAAAGGUAGUCCUUGGCACGAAAUUGAUAAAAAUGAAAAAUUGUAUGAUAAAUUAGAAGGUUUUACUAUUAAAAAAAGGGCUAAAGGAACCAUUUGGAUCGAAGAAGAAGAUCCAGAAAAUAAAUACUCGCAAGCAAGUGACAUUAAAAAUGCUGACCAAGUAGAAUAUAAUAUUAAAUCAACGGGAAAAGAUUUAAAUGGUAUUCACCAACGUGAAUAUGGUGAUAAUAAUUCUGUAAAUAAGAAACAUAAUGUUGGUACAGAUAAUCAAGAAGUUAAAGAAUUAAAUGAAAGAAUUCCAAGUAAUGAACAAAAUGGCAUAUUUCAUCCUGAGCUAACUUCAAAGAAUGCAAACAAUACAAAUGUUAAUAGUCGCGGAGAAAUAAAUGAAAAUAGAAGAUCUACUUUAUUAAAAAAUAAUGUAAAUAUUAACGGAUUAUCCGAUAAAAAUAAUCGUAUUGAAUCUUGGCAUUCUUCUACAGAAUGUAAAGACAAGUUUGAUGGUGCAAAAAAUGAUUUAGAAUUACAAAGAGUUUCAGUAGGUGAUAGUAUUAAAGUUGCAAAUGAUCAUCAUAAUGAUAAGAAAACUGAAGUACUUUGUAGUUGCGAUACGGAGAACAACCAAAAAGGUGACGUUAAAGUGGUACAGUGUAUGGAAAAGGACUUACGUUGUGAAAAACUUAGAUCACCAAGAGCUUGUAGAAGAGGUGGUAGAAGUUUUCGUGGACGUCAAAGGUUGUCAGUCGAGGAACGUUUGAUUGAGGAUAAUCGUGCAUAUUAUAAGGUUGAAGUAUUAGGAAGUAAAUUGAGAUCUAGUACAGUGCCAGGUAGUAAUAAUGCAUUAAAUCCAACAAUUAAGGAUGCUGCAGACGAGAUUGAAAAGAAAGAGGAGGAACAACCAUCGAGUGAGAAACCAGUUGUUGUAAGAUUCAAACGUGUAAGAAAAUCGGAACUCUCUUUGCUUAGCGAUGAAGCUGAGUCAUUUAUGUUUGGAGAGCCUAAACGCGAGGAUACGAGUGAAGAUGUCAGCGAUGAAGAACAAACAAGUGUUUUACCAAGGGACACCGAAAGUGAAUUCAAUGAGACUACUGUUAGUAUCGAUAUACUUAGUUCUAGCGUGGAUUACAGUCCUCAGAUAAAACAAGAAGAGAUUUUGGAAGAAGAUUCUCAAGAUUCUGUAAAUCUUGGUAGAGCAAGAAAAAGAAGACGGACACAGGCAGAGGCGCUUAUCAAAGACAAUGUUGAUUAUUACAAGUUUGAAACACCUGGCAGUAGACUGAGAUAUCAAGCGCCAUUAACAGGAGUCAGAGGAUCCCUUAAUCCUGAAGAAGAUAAUCAUUCAGUAAUAAACGAAGAAUUACGAUCUGAUAAUAAUGGAGAUAACAAUGGAGGAGAAGUCAUAGAAAAAAUAUAUCCGUCCAAGCCUUCGGCAGAAGUUGAAAGAAUGCAAUUUUCUUUUGAAGUAGUACCUAAAUCUGAGCCAUGGUAUCAAACUUAUCAACGGCAAGACGAAGGUGCUGAAUUUUGGCAUUAUUUUAGCGAUGGUGAUACAGAAAGACCGUUCCUUUUACCUUACGAAAUAGAAAACUUUCAUGAAACUAUUUUGAGAAAUCAAGCGAAGAAUGAAAAUAGAAAAAAAGGUAGAGGUCGUAGUAUAGGUUGUAUUGGACGAUCACCUAGAAAAAGUCCACGUUGUCAUGCAUCAACAUUGGCAAUAAUGUCAACGAUUAUAAAAAAAAGAGAACAACAACAGCAACAACAACAGCUCACAUCAAACAUUUGUACGAGAGAAGAGUGUCAAUCUCCUAAAUCACAGAUUGAUAAUACUCCUAUUCCAAAAAUAGAUAUCAAAACAGAUUUGAUGAAAACGGCAGAUGCAAAAUCGUCAGAUCAAAAAUUGACAUCAGAAAUUGAUGAAGAAUUGAAAAAAAUAGUGAAAAAUAUCGAUGACAUGCUUAAUACAAGAGACAGUUUAGAUAUAGUUGAUACAUACAAUGGUUUAGAAGAAGAACCUUUCAUAGAAUCAAAUUUACCAAAAGGACCUCCGCCAAAUCUAUUGGAAAUAUUAGACAAUUGUCAUGAACUUGUACCGUGUAUAGAAAACUCAUCGUGUGCCAGUUCAGAAUGUGGUGAAGUCAAUGUUGAGUUACCAUUGAAACGUCGAAAGAGAAGGAAAAAUAGAACAGGCUGGCCUGGCAUUAAAAUACGUAAAAAGAUGCAAAAUAAAAUAAUAGUAGCACGUUCUUCUUCUUACAAUGGUCAAGGAAAUUAUAAAUUGUCAAGGGAAAAAAAUAAUGUUGAACAAAAUGUUGACAAAAAUGUUGUAACAGCUGAUACUAAUAGCAAUACCAAUGGUGAUGUUGGUGCUGAUGCUGAUGCCGAUGCUGAUGCUGAUGCCGAUGCUGACGCGGAUAUGUCUUUAAGAUUGAUGACAGAUACACGUACAGAAAUAGUUUUAUCAAAUGGUAAUAAUACAAUAUCAUCAACAACUAACAACAGGCAUGAUGAAAAAACAUCAAUGGAUAAAAAAAAUAAUAAAAACACAUGUAACAAUUGUGACAAUCCUAGCGUAUCUCCUAAAGCAUCAUCUAAAACAUCUCCUAAAACAUCAUCGAAAGCAUCUUCUAAAACAACUUCUUGUCCUAAAACGUGUCUUAGUCUGGCUGUGAUUGGUAAAAAUAAAAAUAUAGAAAAUACUGGUACAAAAAAUUGCACGGUUAAUGAUGGAUUGAAAAUUACAAAGGUAUUUAGUGAAGCUCAAAGAACUUUAUCGGAUAAAAAUUUUACAUUAAAUAUGGCGAAAGAAAAAGAAGAAGAAGAAGAAGAAGAAGUAUCAGAAAACAAUCCUGGAAAUGAUGAAAAUCAUGAGAAUGUAUUUAGGAAAGAUGUGAAUGGUGUAGUGAUAUGUUAUGAUAAUGGUGAACGACAAUUUAUAACGAAAGGUGUUGUAAAAAAACGUCCUCGUAUAAAUACAUCAUCGGAGAGUUGUGAAUCACGUACAGAAAUUGAGAAUCAUGACAUUUUAUUAAAUAGAAAGGAUAUAGAUUCUGGUCUAGUAUCUAGGAAGCAUAGUUCCAGUGAUGUGUCCAGGUUGGGAUGUCAACAAACUCAUUCUGAAAAUUCUAAUAUCGAAGUAGUAGAUGCUCAUAGAAGUGUUUACAGGAGGAGUAAAGUUGGAGUUGUUGUGACACCUAGGAAACGAGUUAUUAAUACGAGAAAACAACAACGAAGGAAUAAUAAGACUUCCUCGGAAUCCGUAUACGAGAAUGAAAAUUGUAAAAAGGAAUCUUAUUUGAAUAUAACAUCAUGUAAAAAGCAAGAAACAAUGAAAAAUUCGAAAAAACAAAGCAAUGAAACGAUAGGACCAUCGGCAGAUGUGCAAGAUACUGCAGAGCUGGAAUGUGCAUUGUCCGAACGUAAUACACCUACCACCACGGCAACAACUAUCAUGCCGUCUUCUGGUUUAAAACAAAGACGUUCAAGCAUCGAAUUUCAGCCAGUAGUUAGAAUGAUGAAGAUAGACAAUUCAGUUGACGUGGAUCAUAGUAUUUUGUCAGUGACAGUAGCAAGUAAUAGAAGAUUAAGAAGUUCUAAUUCUCAUAAUAGUAGACCUAAUGCUCAGCCACCUCAUAAACGUUUAAAAACUUCUCGUGGACAAUUUAGAAGGUGGUUAAAAAGUAGCUGAAAUUCUGGGUAAAAAAAAAAAAA